AUGGCCGAAGUGGUCUCCAAUCUGGUGCCGGAUUUCUGCAACUACUCUGACACCGCCGACACCUACGCUGAGCUCCGCAAGUGCUUGUUCGCUGAUGUUUUGAAUGAGCACUGUGCCGGGAAGGAUGUCAUUGAAGUUGGUGCGGGAACUGGCAACAAUGUGUUGGCCAUCGCGCGCCAUGCCAAGUCGGUGCGUGCGCUCGAGUACAACAAGGCCAUGUUGGCCCACUGCGAGAGGCGUUGCCAAGAGGAGGGGUUCGACAACGUGCUCUGUACGCAUGGGUGUGCGCAGCAAGAACUUCCAAAGCUCGCAUCAGACCCUGCCACGCACGCCGAUGUUGCAAUCAUCGUGCAGGUGCUGCACCACCUUACUGUGGUAAAUGCCAAAGAACCUAGCCAAAACACAGAUCGUGCCCACGUCCUGCAUCGCAUCCGCGAGAUCUUCAAGGCACUAUUUGACAUGAUCCGCCCUGGUGGUGAGGUGCUGAUCAACACGGUGGGGCACGAGCAGGCACGUGACUGUUUCUGGUUCAAGAACCUACUCCCCGUCGUCCUUGCACGCUACAUUGAGCGAUUCCCCAAAGUGGAGGAGCUGCAAGACUUGCUGAAGGACGUUGGCUUCGUGGACGUGGUGGUCACUCCCCACACCAGGACCUUGUACGAUAUCCCUCUUAAGGAGCAGUUCUCGAUCUUCAAGAGCAAGCCGAUGAAGUGGGCCAAGACAGAUUCUUUCUUUGAGGACGCGAGCGAAGAGGAGAUCCUCGAACUCUGUGAGAAGAUGACGUCAUGGACGGCGGAGGAGGAGCAGGCGUACAUCCUGCAGCAUACUGCGAAGCAGCAGGAGAUGGGCGUGACUUCCUUUAUUUCCGGGCGCAAGCCUCUUGCCUGA